AUGCACAUGGGCAGCGGAGGCGCCGGAGUAUCUGGGAUCUCACUCAGAGCUAAGGGUCCCGAUCCUCUGUACAAGGCAGCUGGUGAGGGUCCCUGCGAGAAUCUCACCCCUGCGUUGGGUCCAGCGGGAGGACGCCCAGGCCCCUUUGCGAGCGAGCAUACCUGCAUUCCUCCACUCGCCCCCGCGUGCAGUCUGGCGCCUCCUGUGUGCGGGGCGCAGGCUGGGCACUGGGGACUGAGUCCGGACACCAUGUGCAGGCGGCUCCAGGGGCCCAGGAGCUUUCUGGGGGCGCGGGAACCUCGCGGAGCUGUGCGGCGAAAGUGCGGGCUGGGAGGUGUGCGAGCUGGGGUAGCGGCGGCAGCCUCGCUGGCUGGCGGGACCGAGGCCAGCCGCACCCCUGCGCCCUGGCUCCUGUCACCACGCGGCAGUCGGCAGCGCAAGCACAGACGCGGAUUUGGCGGGCACAGCGCCGGCCUUGCCAGGCGCGCGCUGAGCCAGCAGCAGCCACUUGGCAACCCUCGCAGGCCAUAUUGCCAACAGCAUCCCUGGCCCACAGCCCUCCCCCAGAUGGGCCGGCCCGCGGGGACAGGAUGGUGGAAUGUGGGCGCGCCAACACCCCCCUCCCCGCCUCCUGGGGGGCCUGCAGAGAGCUUCGGGGUCCCCGAGGGCCCUUUCAGAAGGGCAGGUCAGCCCUCGGUGCUGCAGUGUCCCGUCUACCAGGGGCGGAGGGGGCUCUGGAUUUCAGCACUGAACCUCGGGCCGUCCCAGGCAGACCAGGGUGGUGGUGCCCUUGGCCGGUGCUCAGUCCUGAGGGGCUUCCCUCCCCUCCUGCUGCCCCUGGUAGGCGCCCUGCCCGCCGCUGGCGCCUUCUCAGAGCCGGGCCUUCAAGACCCUGUGGCUGUUAGCUGCCCUGCUGAGCACACGGCUUGCCACCACUGCAAGCCUACAGAGGGCCGUGCUGGCACUGACCCCCGGACCACCGAGAGCACCGCCAUGGCCCUGGGCAUCUCCUCGGAGCUCUACCCAGGCUGCACAGAAGGCGUGUCCAGAGAAGUGGGCAGAGCCCAGAGGGGCCUGUGGUCCUCGACACACUGCCGUAGCCAGCCUGAACACCAGGACCCACCUGGUCGUUCUGUGGGGCCUGCAUCCAGCUCAGCCAGCACACAGCAGCUCGGGGACACUGCCACCCCCACCUGCGCGCCCUGGGGUGGCCCAGGCCCUGGGGUCAGCGCCCCCAGCCAUCCCCACCUGCGCGCCCUGGGGUGGCCCAGGCCCUGGGGUCAGCGCCCCCAGCCAUCCCCACCUGCGCGCCCUGGGGUGGCCCAGGCCCUGGGAUCAGCGCCCCCAGCAAUCCCCACCUGCGCGCCCUGGGGUGGCCCAGGCCCUGGGGUCAGCGCCCCCAGCCAUCCCCACCUGCGCGCCCUGGGGUGGCCCAGGCCCUGGGGUCAGCGCCCCCAGCCAUCCCCACCUGCGCGCCCUGGGGUGGCCCAGGCCCUGGGGUCAGCGCCCCCAGCCAUCCCCACCUGCGCGCCCUGGGGUGGCCCAGGCCCUGGGGUCAGCGCCCCCAGCCAUCCCCACCUGCGCGCCCUGGGGUGGCCCAGGCCCGGGGGUCAGCGCCCCCAGCCAUCCCCACCUGCGCGCCCUGGGGUGGCCCAGGCCCGGGGGUCAGCGCCCCCAGCCAUCCCCACCUGCGCGCCCUGGAGUGGCCCAGGCCCUGGGGUCAGCGCCCCCAGCCAUCCCCACCUGCGCGCCCUGGGGUGGCCCAGGCCCUGGGGUCAGCGCCCCCAGCCAUCCCCACCUGCGCGCCCUGGGGUGGCCCAGGCCCUGGGGUCAGCGCCCCCAGCCAUCCCCACCUGCGCGCCCUGGGGUGGCCCAGGCCCUGGGGUCAGCGCCCCCAGCAAUCCCCACCUGCGCGCCCUGGGGUGGCCCAGGCCCUGGGGUCAGCGCCCCCAGCCAUCCCCACCUGCGCGCCCUGGGGUGGCCCAGGCCCGGGGGUCAGCGCCCCCAGCCAUCCCCACCUGCGCGCCCUGGGGUGGCCCAGGCCCUGGGGUCAGCGCCCCCAGCAAUCCCCACCUGCGCGCCCUGGGGUGGCCCAGGCCCUGGGGUCAGCGCCCCCAGCCAUCCCCACCUGCGCGCCCUGGGGUGGCCCAGGCCCGGGGGUCAGCGCCCCCAGCCAUCCCCACCUGCGCGCCCUGGGGUGGCCCAGGCCCUGGGGUCAGCGCCCCCAGCAAUCCCCACCUGCGCGCCCUGGGGUGGCCCAGGCCCGGGGGUCAGCGCCCCCAGCCAUCCCCACCUGCGCGCCCUGGGGUGGCCCAGGCCCUGGGGUCAGCGCCCCCAGCCAUCCCCACCUGCGCGCCCUGGGGUGGCCCAGGCCCUGGGGUCAGCGCCCCCAGCCAUCCCCACCUGCGCUACAAGCAAAGGGAUCGACUGGGCUACUGGCCUCCUCCAUAA